AUGGAGGAGCGGGUGCCGCCGCGCCGAAACAGUCGAAAGUCGAACGCCCGCGCGCCACACGCGCCGCGGAAGCGUCCGCGCACCGCGCCCCGCCACGCCGCGCCACCGACGGACGCCUUAUUUAUACACCGGCCGACCUUGCCCCGCGCCAUUGUUUCGAACGGGGAGGAGAACGCCGAGCCACCAUCCACCCGCGAUGCGCACGUCGCUAACACGCCCGGCCUAGUCCUAGCUAACAGUAGCGAGGUCCCGUUGCUCGUCGGCGACGCGGACGCGGCGAUGCCG